AGGUCCAACCUCCCGCGGAGAGCUGCCACACAUAAUCUCCAUGUUGGAGGGAACGUUACAGGUGGAGCCGGUUCUGGUUCUAGAAGGACAGACUAACCGUGUCCGAUCAAGAACCGCCUGCCCCCCUGAGAUCCUGCUAAGCCCACAGGAAGCAGGUUCUUAUCAGGGAGGAGGACAAGAAGAAACAGGGCUUUGUGAAUAAAAUGUUUUUAUGUCUCCUAGAGAUGAGCACCUUGAAGAUGGUCUUCUUCAGUAGCAGUGCAGCAUGGCCUUUGCUCCUCCUUCCUGUAGCUCAUUAACGCUGCAGGCUACCGCCACAUAGAUAGUUCCUCACCAGGCAGGAUACCUCGCUGCCGCCACCCCCGGCCUGGUUAAACGCACUUAUGAGAUGCCUCAGCACCUGGCCUGGGACCUAGAACCAUGUUCUGCCUCUGAUCGGCCGCUUUGGUGGCAGAGCUCAACAGGAGGAGCGAGCCAUGUCUUCUUUCUGGACACUGAGCAUCGUCUGUGGAUUGAUGCUUCGUGUUUCAUACGGUGCACUUAACACUCACUAUGGUGCCCCACGAACGACCGUCCCCUAUCAGAUGGGGACAAAGUUGUUCAAAGAAGAGGGGAUUUUCAACUACUCUACUAUGCUGUUGAGAGAGGACUUGGGUGUGCUGCUGCUGGGCGCCCGAGAGGCCGUCUACGCUCUGGACAUCGACGACGUCUCUGUGAGGAAGGCAGUGGUAUAUUGGCGAGUCACUGAGGAUAAGCAGAAGGAGUGCACGUACAAAGGGAAACAUGCUGAGGUGGAAUGUCGUAACUACAUCCGAACCCUGCACAUAGUGAACAACACCACGAUGUUUGUGUGCGGAACAAAUGCGUUCAGCCCCAUCUGUGAUUAUAUGACGUUUGUUAAUGGGCAGCUAAGACUGGAGGGAAAGCAGGAGGAGGGAAAGGGGAAGUGCCCUUUUGAUCCUUUCCAGAGAUACUCCUCCCUCAUGAUCGGAAGUGACCUGUACUCUGCUACAUCUAUCAACUUUUUGGGCUCUGAGCCGGUGGUUCUACGCAGCUCCGACUUGUCUCUCCGCACAGAGUUUAAGAGCUCCUGGCUCAGUGAGCCACACUUUGUGUACAUGGACUUUGUGGGAGAGAGUUUUGAGAGUCCUGAUGGUGAUGAUGAUAAGGUGUACAUGUUCUUCAGUGAGAAUGCCAUGGAGUACGACUUCUACAGCAAAGUAGCAGUGUCUCGAGUGGCUCGAGUCUGCAAGGGGGAUAUGGGCGGCCAGAGGACGCUGCAGAGGAAAUGGACGACGUUCCUGAAAGCCCGCCUGGAUUGUUCCCUCCCUGAACCCAGUCUGCCCCCCAUUGUCCAGGAUGUCUUCCUGCUGGAGAACGAGGACUGGAGGAAGAGCGUCUUCUAUGCUGUGUUCACACCGCAGUCAGGCUCGUCCCAGGUCUCAGCUGUGUGUGCAUUUAGGGUGUCAGACAUUCGGCACGUUUUCAACAAGGGAAAAUUUAAAACCCCGGUUGCCGUGGAGACGUCUCACGUCAAGUGGGUGAUGUUCACUGGAGAGGUGCCGGUCCCCAGACCAGGAGCAUGCAUCAAUACGGUGUCACGUCAAAUGGGGAUGAAUCGAUCUCUGGACCUUCCCGACAAAACCCUCCAGUUCAUCCGGGACCGGCCACUCAUGGAGGAGGCGGUUGGCCCGCUGACCGGAGGCCCGCUGCUAGUGACGAGCGGAGCUCUGCUUACCCGGGUGGUAGUGGACAGCGUGAUGGGGCUAGACGGGAGAAGGCAUGCAGUCAUGUUCAUCGGCACUGAGAACGGUUACAUUCAGAAGGCUGUGAACUAUGCCGGAGAGAUGUUCAUCAUUGAGGAGAUCCAGCUGUGUGAAAAGCCUGUGCCUAUUAGCACUUUGCGCCUCUCCUCCAGCAAGGGCCAGCUGUAUGCAGGCUCAGAGUUGGGUGUGGUCCAAAUGCCGCUCAGUAACUGCAGCCGCUAUGACUCCUGUACUGACUGCAUUCUGUCCAGAGACCCCUACUGUGUCUGGGACUUCACCCCGAAGCUGUGCUCCUCAGUACACACGAGCACCGCCAUACAGAGUCUGGAGGAGGGGGACACAAUGCCGUGCCCAAAGCCAGAUCCAGUAGUAGCUGAGAACUUCCUACUAGUCACAGAGAACAACAUCCAGCUGCCCUGCCAGCCUCACUCCAACCUGGCUCAGGUCAUGUGGCGAUUGUCUGAGCAAACACUUCACUCCAGCAGCAAAUACCACAUCUACAGCGGCGGCCUUCUCCUCCUCAGCGCCUCUGAUUCCGACGCAGGGCUUUACUCGUGUGACUCGGUGGAGCUGAUCAGCGGGAGAGCCUACAACCGGACUGUGGCGGUUUAUCGGUUACAUCUCCACUCCGGCUCUGAAGCAGCAGGCAGCACAACUCCUAUCUACGAGGUGACAAACUCCGUGCAGAGUCCCAACACAGCAGGACCGGGAGGGUCGGACAUGCAGGACCCACUGUCCCCCGAGAACCAAAACGACCCGGGAAAGGUGACCCGGCUGGAGGUGGCCGUGGCUUCUCUGUCGCUGCUCUGUCUCUUCCUGAUGGGACUCUUGUUGUGGAUCUGGACUCAAGGACGUGCACGGGAGUGCUUCAAGUUAGCAAAGCGCCCCGGUGAAAGCGAGGCCAAGAGGCAGUCAGCCGAGUACAUCCACAUCCAGAACCGGACUUCAGAGAUAAACCUCCAGGGGGCCGAGCAUCGAGCUGUUGACUUCAAAAGGAACGGGGAGCAGAACAUCUCAACCCUCGAGGGUCUGGGAUUUAUAUACGAUGAGUCAGAGAUCUGACAUCACCAACUACCUUUAAACAGGUGUGCUGCUGGGGAUUAGAGGGUUUCACAUCAGGGUAUCUUCCAUCUCUUUCAGGGCAGCUCAUCUUCACUGUAAAUAUAUAUAUAAUAUAUAUAUAUAUAUAUAUUUUAGCAUUGGAAGGGGCUUAACACUGCUGCACACAUUAACCGAGGAAAAGUAUCGUAUCACCGGAGUACUACCAGCCUGAAGUACUACAAGUCUGAAUUACCACUAGAGUUCUUAGUGGUCGAUGUGGCGCAGGGGUAGAGAGGGUGCGCUGGGAACCACAAGGUUGGCGGUUUGAACCCUGGCUGCCCCAUAUCAUCUGAGAAAGAUAAUGACCAAGAAUGUGUGGAAUGGUUGUGACGGUUCCCUCGCUUCUGUCUGUUUUUUUUAAUAGCAAUUUGUUUUGCUCUCAUGGUAUGUUGUUGUCGCAAUGUUGUUCAGUUUGGUUACCGCUACUACCCGUUCGCCCAACUACUACCCCUUCCCCCCAGGACCGACGGCCAGUGGCGUGGGGGUCUGUACUCAUGCAACAUCCUCUGUCCCAAAAGCCUCACAUCGGCACAGGAAAAGCUCCCCAAAAGAUGAUAAACCCUUCGAUGGGGAAUGGCUAAUUCUAUUAUCGUUGCCUAAUAAUAAGUUCAACAGUUUGAUUAUAUUCAUUUAAUCUUUA